AUGCGCUGGGCGCUGCGCGGCGCGCCCCGACGGCGCUGCCUCUCGCUGCUGCUGCUGCUGGUGGUGGUGGGCACGGAGGCUGCUUUGGGAACUGCUGCGGCAGCACUGGGCAGGAGGGACAAAUUGGAUCCCUUGGACCCAAACAGGGGAGGGGAAGAGUUUUACCAAGUCCAGGACACCAAUCGCUAUUGCAAGAAGUGCCCUGCGGGCGCCUACGUUGCGCACCACUGUGAAGAGCAAAAUGGCUCCAGCCUGUGUUUGCCGUGUAAAGAAGAUGAAUACAUCGAAUACCCAAACGACUUUUCCGAAUGCUUUCGCUGCUGGACGUGUCGGGAAGACCAGGUGGAGCUGAGUCCGUGCCGACCCACCAGCAACACGCAGUGCAUCUGCAAGAGCGGCACCUUCUGCUCCCCAGACCACCCCUGCGAGAUAUGCCAGAAGUGCCGGCCCGGGUGUCCCAAGGGUGAAGUGGAGCUGGCUCCCUGCACGCCCCACAGCGACCGCCAGUGCGGUCCUCCCACCGGCACCUUCUCCGGCUCCUCCGACAACUUGAUCGUGACCAUCGUGGUGGCGGUGCUGGUUGUGGUCCUGCUUGUGCUCAUCUGCCUCUGUAUAUGUGGCUGCUGCCAUUGCCCAGGGGAAGGGAGAGACCUGAGCAGGAAGUCCUGCAGCGUGGUGGACUACCUGCUGCGGCGGGUGAUGAGGUACCAGAGAGGGAGGCCGGGGGUGCAGGACAACAUCCGCAACGAGCGGAAGAUUCUGGUUCCCGACUGGAAGAGAUACGGCCGAGCCCUUGAUCUGCUGGAGAAUGAUAUUGCCCUGGCGGAGAUGAACGACAAGUAUUCCCUGGAGCCCUUCUUCCAGAUGCUCAACACGUGGCAUAACAGACAAGGGAUGAACGCCUCCGUGAACACGCUGCUGGAGACCCUGCACCAGAUCAACCUCAGUGGGAUUGCAGAGGACAUCUCCUCCAAGCUGGUCCAGCAGGGAUUUUUCCAAUACGAACUGAGCUGA